AUGAUCUACCAUAUUCUUCAUUGUCUGCUGAUUUUAUCUGUGCAAAUUGUGGACACUUGUAUUCCAACGCAAAUUCCUGAAGGUUGGUUUGGGUUGAGCUGAGCUGAGUCAGAUAUUAUGGUUGACCGAGACCACCCACGAAGUUUUCGAACUUCUAAGUUAAGUUUGGGUUAAGUUUUGUGGAAUGUUCUAAGUUUUGAGCUAAGGUCACUGAUCUAUUUUGAACCAAGAAUUUUUUAUUGACAGACAUAACUACUACCACAUCCACCACCUCUACCACAUCUACGACAACCACAACCACAACAACUACAACUACAACAUCCACGACCACAACCACACCAAUACCAGUUUGUCCUGACACAACUUGGACACUUUUCGAUCGUGGAACCUAUAGUUGGUGUAUGAAAAUCUACCACGGUUCAAUUCUCGGACCACAAGCCAACGCCUCAUGCGCGACUCUUGAUUCAUCAGCCGUCGCAUCAGGCUUCGAAAACUCGACGGAAAUUUCGACGAUGAUGAGUGCGGCGAUCGCAGACGUUGCUGGCGCCUACUAUCUUUUCGUCGGCGCCUAUCGAACCGAGCAGUGUGCAGCCGUCGAAUACACAACAGCCACUUGCACAUAUCAGAACUCGUUUGGGUGGACUGACGGACAUACGACUGGAACUGAUGGGUUUAUUUGGCGGCCUGGACAACCGGAGAAUAAUCAAGCGUAUCGGGGGUUUUAUCAAAUGUAUUGCUUGGUGAAUACUGGCGAUGGAUUGAUGGAUGAUACCUACGGUGAUCAAUAUUUUUCUGGAGCGGUUUGUGGAAUGUUGGCUAAGUAGAAAGAUUUUUGUUGUUUUUAAUAAUAUGAUGAAAAUAAAUCAAAAUUCUGAACACAAUUUUAAACGAGAGAGAAAAAUUAGCGUAUGGGUGCAGAGACGCGAGACGAAAAAGGGAUAGACUCCGCCCAAUUUUUUCUCAAAAAAAUUUUAAAGCUAACUCCAACGCCCUUGAUAAAUCAGAAAAAACAUUCAAAAUCACCUGUUUUCUCCAAACCAAACUUAUUUACUUACUUUUUUGUUCUCACAUCAGUUCAACAAGAAAAAAAAUGAUUCUAAAAAUCAAUAAUGGCACAAUUCCAAUCUGGGUGCCCCUCCAAACCUUCUACAAAUCCAAAUCUAUCACCCCAAUCGCCUAUUUUUUCCUCGCCAUUUUCUUCAUGCUCAUCUUUUUCUCCGGUGUUAUGACGUGGCAAAUGAUUCAAAUAAUGUGGAAGGUUCCGAAAUUCCACCUAAACAAUCGGAUAAUUUGCACGAUUUUUAUGGGAAGCUGGUUUUUCGCAAGUUUCGCGUAUUUUCUCGUCAAACCUUUUUGAAUGGGGAUUUUUCGAAGUUUUUUCGAAAAAUCUGACACAACGACCAUUUAGCAUUGAGGAUGAUCGAAAUUUCAACGUCGAGAUGAAUCUUCAAAAUUUUUUGCUAUUUUUUGGAUCGUUUUUAAUCUGGGCCUAUUUAUCCUGUUUCGCCGCUUCUUGUUUCUAUUUUCUCGUCGAAAGAUCAAUCGCAAGUUUUUGGUUCACGUAAGUCCCACAAAGCUUUAAGGUUUCUAAUCAGAAAAAAAUUCAGAAAUUAUGAGCAACACCAACGAAAUUGGCUCACAGUUUUGCUCAGUUUUUGUCUGAUUUUUUGCUCGAUUUUUGAGGGCCUGAUUUUGACGUUUCAUAUUAUUUCACUGUUUCAAAUAUUGAUGGGUGCUAUUCUUUCUCAUUUUAUAUUUUUGCCGGUGAGAAUUUAGAUUAACUUAAGGUUAAGGUUAAGGGAGCUAAAAAGGUUGACUUAAUGACCUUAAGAUUCUUUAUUGGACUACCUAAACAUGGUUUUUAAAUAUCUAUGUACCUUCAGAGCCCUGAAUUUAGAAUCCAGAAUUUGAAAAUUAAAAAUCUCUGAGCGCUAAUUUAAGGGGAACUGUGUUAAAGCUUUAGGCAAUGUUAAGGCCAUAUUUUUAGCGAAUCCUUAAAAAUUCAAAAUUUAGCUGAAGCCUAAAAUUAAAGAAGAAAUCUUCCCAAAUUUUUCUAGCCCUAAAUAUAUUUAGCUACAAAAUUUUAGUGCUUUUAAAAACCAGCUCUAAUUUUAGGAUUGAGGCUUUGAGCUCUAGAAUUUUACGCUAAGAGCACUAGAAUUUAGAUCCUUAAUUAAGGUCUCCAAAAUAAUGAAGCUUAAAUUUCCCCAAAUCUCAGAAAAUUCCCCCAGAGCCCUAAAAUUUAGGCUAAAUUCCCAAGCUAAAGCUUUAAAAUUUUACGCUAAGAGCCUUGAAAUUUAAGAUUCUAUCACUAGGAGGCUUUAGGAUGCUUUUAAAAACUUAGAAUCCUUAUCUAAAUAUCUUUAGGUAGGCUAAAACUUAAGGACCUUUCUCUUAUUCCUAAAUUCUUAAGCUUUCUAGACUACAUAAAUUCCUUAAGGAUCGCUCAAAAUCAUCCCUUAUUUAAGGUCUCCAAAACCCUGAAGCCUAAAUUCCAGAAAAUCCCCAAGAGGCCUAAAAUUCAGGCUAAAUUCCCAAUCUACCCAACCUAAAGCUUUAAAAUUUUACGCUAAAAGCUUUAAAAUUUUACGCUAAAAGCUUUAAAAAUUUAAGGUUCUAUCACUAGGAGGCUUUAGGAUGCUUUUAAAAACUUAGAAUCCUAAUCUAAAUAAAUUUAGGUACGCUAAACCUUAAGGACUUUUCUCUUAUUCCUAAAUUCUUGAGCUUCAAGCAUAAAUUCCUUAAGGAUCGCUUAAAAUCAGCCCUUAUUUAUGGUCUCCAAAAUAUUAGCAUUUAGAAAUCCCUUAACCUUUAAGAUCCCUAAAAUUUAAGGUCAUUAAAAUUUAACCUAAAUUCCCAAGUUCCCCCAAAUAUUCCAGUACUUUUUCUACCUCAAAAUCUACAACAAAAACCUCCGUCAACACAAAAUGCUCACCUCGUUAUCCUCCAAAUUCCAACUUGAAGAGAACAUUCGAUUUUUAAAGGUGCAUAGACUUUUGCCACGUGGCAAAAAAUAUCGAUUUUUCUCAAAAUUCCAGCUCGCCACAAAUGUCGUCAUCGCCAUCGCAACUUUCACCAUUAUUUUCGUAUUUCUGACAGUCGGCGCCUAUUUCGGCUUGAUUGACGGUGGAGCGAGUUUUACGAUUUGCAAAAUUUUCGGCAUACUGUAGGUUUUGGCGCGCGAAAUAUAAAUCCAAAUUCAAAUUCCCCAACUUUCAGCAAUCCACUUCUGAUAAUUCCCGCCAUCUUAUCAUCGGUCAUCGAGUGGCGCUUGGAAUUUUAUCGAUUUUUGCCGGUUUUCGCCACGAUUUUCGAGUCGAGCAAAAGUGUGGGAAAGGCGAGAACUUCUGAGGAUAUUGGAAAUCUGUAUUUUGAGCAGUUAAAUAAACAUUGGAUUUAG